AUGAAAGAAAUAAAAGAUGAAGAAAUUUUUGGUCCAGUUAUUGCAUUUGUUUAUGUAAUAGAGUUUCAAAAGCGUGGAUUGCCUCAUGUGCAUUUCAUUACAUUUUUAAGUGAAAAGAUCCGUGAUACUGAAACUGUAGAUAAAAUAAUAUGUGCAGAAAUACCAGAUGAAAUAAAGAAUCCUGAGCUAUUUAAUAUUGUAAAGCAGUUUCAAGUCCAUGGGCCUUGUGGUAAUCAAAAUAUAAAUUCACCUUGCAUGGACUCUGAAAAAAAAAUUUGUACGAAAUAUUAUCCGAAGCCAUUUUGUUCAGAAACAUCUUAUCACUCUAAGAAUUAUCCAGAAUAUAGAAGAAGAAAAGAUGGUAAGCAAAUUAUCUUUUAUAAUAAAGAUGGAUCAAUUAAGUGUAUUGCAGAUAAUUCAAUGAUUGUACCUUACAAUCCAUAUUUAAGUAAAAAAUUUGAAUGUCACAUAACUGUUAUGGUAUGUAGUAGUACAGGUGGCAUUAAAUAUUUAUUUAAAUAUUGCUAUAAGGGCCAUGACUGUGCAUUUAUUGUUUACAAGGAUGAUAAUCAAGAAAUGCAAUAUGAUGAAAUUCAAUAUUAUUUAAAUACACGAUAUGUAUGUCCACCAGAAGCAAUGCAUAGAUUAUACGAAUUUCCUAUGCAUGAACAAUCACAUGCAACAUACAGAUUAGCUGUACAUUUACCUAAUCAACAAUCAAUAUGUUUUCAAGAAGGAUUAGAGGAAGAAGCCGUUAACAAAUUCAAAAACACGACAUUGACGGCAUGGUUUAAAUUGAAUGCAGAAGAUUCCGAGGCGCGCAAAUAUUUAUAUACAGAAAUACCUCAUAACUAUGUUUUUGUUGAAUCUUCAAAAACUUGGAAAGUAAGACAACGAAUAACUAAAAUCUUAAUUUGUCGAAUGUAUUUUGUUAGUCCAAAAGAUAUUGAAAGGUAUUUUCUAAGACUUUUACUACUUUAUGUACGUGGUGCUAAGUCAUUUGAAGAUAUAAAAACUUAUGAAGGUAUUACAUACAACACUUUUACAGAAGCUGCACGUGCGAGAAAUUUAAUGGUAGACGAUAACGAAUGGAACAAUUGUUUGACUGAAGCUGUGAGUAUGAAGUUUCCUAAAGAACUUUGUCGUUUAUUAGCAUACAUAUGUGUAUUUGGAUCGCCUGUUAAUGCUAUUGAUUUAUGGAAUAAAUACAAAGAAGAUAUGAUUUUUGAGAAUGAUUUACCUGUGGAAGUAUCGAUUCAAAAAUCAUUAAUUCUAAUUAAUGAAGUAUUUAGUUUUCAUGGAUUUUCGCUCCAUCAAUUUGGUUUGCCACAUAUUAAUCAGAAAGUUUUUGAUGAUUAUAAUUCAGUAAGUAAGGAAAAUAGUGCUUUAGAAUUACAAUUACUUAAAAUAAAGUCUGAUUGUCUUAUUAAAAGUUUGAAUGAUGACCAACGUAAUGUUUUCAAUGAUAUUAUGAUGGCAGUACAUAAUGAUAAUUGUAGUAAUAGAUAUAUUUAUCUCGAUGGACCUGGAGGAAGUGGUAAAAGUUAUUUACAUAAUACAAUAAUUACAACUGUAGAGAGUGAAGGAUUGGUGGUUUUAUCAGUAGCAUGGACUGGUAUAGCUGCGAAUCUUUUAAAAGGUGGACGAACGGCACAUUCUAUGUUUAAAUUUCCUAUACCAAUUAAUGAAGAUUCAACAUGUAAUAUAAGUGGGAUGUCAAAACACAGUGAACUUUUAAGAAGUGCUAAAAUCAUUAUUUGGGACGAAAUUACAAUGGCACCUAAAUAUGCUUUACAAGCAAUGGAAGUUAUGUUGAGGGAUAUUACGAAAUGUAAGAAACCGUUUGGAGGUAAAGUUAUUUUGCUUUCAGGAGAUUUUAGGCAAAUUUUGCCAAUUGUUCCACACGGUAGUCGGACUCAUAUUGUUGAAGUAUGUGUGAAAAAUAGUAAAUUGUGGCAUCUUUUUCAAACUAGGUCGUUACACGUUAAUGUUAGAUUAAAUAAUAAUCAGAUAAACUUUUCAAACUGGUUAUUAAAUGUCGGCGAUGGUAAACAUCAAAGUACAUUUGAAAAGAAAAAUAACGUUUUAGAAAUUCCACAAGAUUUGAUUUCGAAUGGAAAUUUAAUUGAAGAAAUAUAUGGUUCAUCAAUAAGUCGAAAUGAUGUAUCUGCUUAUUCUUCUUGCAUUCUUUCAUUAACAAAUUCUGAGGUAUUAGAUAUGAAUGAUCGUAUUUUGUCAAAUUCAGAAGGAAAUGAAGUUGUUUAUUACAGUAUAGAUUCACAUGUAGACGAGGAUCAGAAAGACAUCAAUAACAUUGUUCCAGUGGAAGUUUUAAAUAGUUUAACACCAGAUGGUUUACCACCUCAUAGAUUAUCAUUAAAGGAGGGAUGUAUAAUUAUGCUUUUAAGGAAUAUGAAUUUGGUUAAAGGAUUAUGUAAUGGUACCCGAUUAGUUGUCAAAUCUUUAUUAAGAAAUGUUAUUUCUGCAGAAAUUAUUGUUGGAAAAUCUAAAGGUGAAAUAGUUUUUAUUCCACGAAUAAAUUUUUAA